AUGCCCUUUUCUAAGUUCAGUCCAGUGUCCGUGCUCGACUGUCCAUUUGAAGAUGACGAUGAAGUCUCCUCGCCUUUUCAGCAAAGACUUGCUCUUAUGGAAGGGACGAAGAAGAAGCUGAUGAAGAAACUCAAGAGGUUCGAGUGCCUUGUUCAACUCGAACCGGUCAACCUAGCCAAUCGAUUUGCAAGUCCGGAAUUCAGCGACAACGAAUCAGUUAAAUGGGCCAAUACUAAUUCAGUGGGCCAAGUUCAAGUCGACAUGGACCACCUCAAAUGGACGGUUAUGGAUGUUAUGAUAACCAGAGAAAGAAGUAGAGAGAUUGUGCUUGGGAAGUUUAAAAUGAAGAAGGAAGAUCAAGCAAGGUCUCUGUUUGGGAUUUCUUUGACUGAUAGACCCAUUUGGCAACAGUUUCUCAUAUGCUCUUCCGGGUUCUUCUUUGGUUAUCUUGUCAAUGGCAUUUGUGAGGAAUAUGUAUAUAAUAGGCUCCAAUUCAGUUAUGGCUGGUAUUUUACCUUUGUUCAAGGCUUUGUGUAUUUGGUACUGAUAUACUUACAGGGGUUCACCAUUAAGCAAAAGGUGAAUCCAUGGAAAACAUAUCUCAAGCUCUCUGCUGUCCUAAUGGGUUCUCAUGGAUUAACGAAGGGUUCCUUGGCUUAUCUUAAUUACCCGGCACAGAUCAUGUUCAAGUCGACAAAGGUUCUGCCUGUAAUGAUAAUGGGCGCGUUUAUCCCUGGCUUGAGAAGAAAAUACCCUAUUCACGAAUACAUAUCCGCUGUGCUUCUAGUUGUUGGGCUGAUUCUUUUCACCUUAGCCGAUGCUAACACUUCUCCGAACUUUAGUGGCAUUGGCGUCUUGAUGAUUUUAGGCGCUCUAGUCAUGGAUUCUUUUCUCGGUAACUUGCAGGAAGCAAUUUUCACCAUGAAUCCCGAUACCACUCAGAUGGAGAUGCUAUUUUGCUCGACGUUGAUUGGGUUGCCUUUCCUGUUACCGCCAAUGAUUUUGACCGGAGAGUUGGUUACAGCUUGGAAUUCUUGUGCUGAGCAUCCUUAUGUCUACGGAGUGCUUGUCUUUGAAGCAAUGGCUACAUUUAUUGGUCAGGUCUCUGUUUUAUCACUCAUUGCCAUUUUUGGGGCUGCCACCACUGCUAUGAUUACAACAGCACGAAAGGCUGUGACUUUAUUGUUGUCGUACUUAAUUUUUACGAAGCCUCUUACUGAACAACAUGGUUCGGGGUUGUUACUCAUUGCAAUGGGAAUUAUACUGAAGAUCGUCCCUGAUACUAAACCUCCUAACCUGGCUGUCGUAUCCAGUACUCGGGGAAAAAAUCAUCCAAAAAAGGCGAAGACACCAGAAAAUGGAGCCGACGAAGAAGACGAAGAGAAAAGGCCAUUAGUCUGA